AAUGAGUCAAGUGUACAGAAAGUAAUCCUAUGCAAGUCCACCCAUUACCCACAUACCAACUCACUCUGUAUAAAGACACGGCUGCGUGUAACCACCGACAACAACAAACACUUGUCGGGGGCUGGUCUUUUUUCCUUUUUCCCUCUGUGGAAUUUUUCCUCACUGUCAUGCUAAGAUACCUGUUGAUUAGGCCCUAAUGGCAGGGGGAAGGGGGCAGGGGGAGAGAAGAGGGAAACUCCGCGAGAUUCAAACAGCCAGAAGAGAAUGCGAAAGUGAAAGGCUCUGGCUCGUCCCCCAUUUCCCCCGCGGAGUUCGGACGAGAAGGACGAUCGCCGUCUGUGUCCCAUCCCUGCCAUCCCAGCGUCGGGAGCCAUCCUCACUGCUGUCGAACUCUCGGCUUCUCCUGCCACCAUCCAGCACUCUACUGAUCACCGGGACCCACACUGUGAGCGGAGAGCUCUCUCUCCAUCUCUCUCUCCCCCUGGGACAGCGCUGCCAUCACCCCCAGCCCUCCUGCAGCUCUGCGGGACCUGCCCGCCCCCAGCACCGGGAACUGCAGCUCAGGGAAAAGGUGCCUGCAGCCAAAAAACACUGGGACUGAGUUACUGUUCUGUUUGUGGCUAAUUUCAUAGCUGCUGGUUUGUGUUUGUGGUGUUUUUUUUGUUGUUUUUUUUUUCUUUUUGGUUUGGUUUGGUUUGGUUUUGUUGUUUUUUGUUUUUUUGUUUUGUUUCUUUUUUUGGAGUGGGGUGGUUUGUCUUGUUAGAUAUAUUAGUAAAGAACUGCUAUUCCUAUCCCCAUAUCUUUGCCCGAGACCUUCCUUAACUCCAAAAUUAUAAUUUGUAGGGAGGAACGAUCACCCUCUUAAUUUCAAAGGGAGGCUUCUGCCUUUCUUAGUAAAUACCUGUCUUUUCAAACCAGGAUAACACUUCUUCGAGGGCAGUGCAGAAAAAAGCCUGUUCAUUACCUGACUUCUGAGUCAGUCUGACCGAAGAAGGAUCUGGGAGGCUGCAGCCAUGCUCCCUUCCCAGGCUCUCCUGCCUGCUGUGGUGUUUGCACUCACAGCCCUUCAGGCUCUCGCCUCCAACACCUUCAUGGCAGCCGUCUAUGAGCACGCCGUCAUCCUGCCAGAUCCCACCGACCAGCCCGUUUCUCCCAGUGAUGCCUUGGCCCUGAUGAACAAAAACAUGGAUGUCUUGGAAGGGGCCAUCAAGGAAGCUGCCCAGCAGGGUGCCCACAUCAUUGUGACUCCUGAAGAUGGCAUCUAUGGCUGGCGAUUCACAAGAGAAUCCAUCUACCCCUACCUGGAGGAUAUCCCUGAUCCAGUGGUGAAUUGGAUUCCCUGCACUGACCCCUCAAGAUUUGGUCCAGCACCAGUACAGGAACGACUCAGCUGCAUGGCCAGAAAUAACUCCAUCUAUGUGGUUGCCAAUAUCGGGGACAAGAAGCCGUGUGACUCCAGCGAUCCCAAGUGCCCCAGGGACGGUCGCUACCAGUACAAUACGGACGUCGUCUUUGACACACAGGGGAAACUGGUGGCUCGUUACCACAAGUACAAUCUGUUUAGAGGUGAAACUCAGUUUAAUUACCCGAAAGAGCCAGAAGCUGUCACCUUUGAGACUCCUUUUGGGAAGUUUGGCAUUUUCACUUGCUUUGACAUCCUUUUCUAUGAGCCUGCCGUGGUCCUGGUGAGCAAGAUGCAGGUGGACACCAUGCUCUUCCCAACAGCUUGGAUGAAUGUCCUGCCCUUUCUGACUGCAAUUGAGUUCCACUCUGCCUGGGCUAUGGGCAUGCGUGUUAAUUUACUUUCAGCAAAUACUCACAACACCAGCACGGCAAUGACAGGCAGUGGGCUGUUCACGCCAGAAGGACCUGCUGCUUACCACUACGACAGUGCCACCGAGGAGGGACGUCUCCUGCUAGCAGAGCUGAGCACACGCCCCCGUCUUUCCCCCACCUACCCUCCUGCCAUCAACUGGAGUUCGUAUGCCACAAGCAUCGGGAAAUUUCCUGGAGAAAACGACACUUUCUUGGGAGCUGUCCGGAGGGAUAUAUUCACUUUCAGUGAACUCAGGCACAAGGAUGGAAAUUACACUGUUUGCCAAGGAGACCUUUGCUGUCAUCUGGUCUACCAGAUGUCAGACGAGAGGAGAGAUGAAGUUUACGUCCUGGGUGCAUUUGAUGGGCUUCAUGGUUCUCUCAUAAAAUACCAUUGGCAGAUCUGCACUCUGCUCAAAUGCCCAAGCACGAACCUGAGCACGUGUGGGCAGCCUGUGGAGACGGCUCAGACCAAGUUUGAGAUGUUCUCCCUCAGUGGCACAUUUGGCACCAGCUACGUCUUCCCAGAAGUGUUGUACAGCGGGGUGCAGCUGGCCCCUGGGGAGUUCGAGGUGCUACGUGAUGGGCGUUUGAAAAGCAAGCAUGGCACGUCGAAACCGCUCGUAACAGCAACGCUUUUUGGGAGGCUUUAUGAGAAGGACCCGCCACAUCCUCUGCGAACUUCCCCUCACUAACUUCCCCUAACUUCCUCUUAGGAGUUACAGACUCACCAGAGACAGGAAGGGAGUUUCUUCCUGAGCCAUAGCAGUUGCCCUGUAUGAUUCCUGUUCUGCAAUAUUGUACUUCUGCUCAGCAGCUGUGGCAGUUGGGCUUAUUUGGGAGAAAGUGAUGUGUUCAUUCUACUGUGCAUGCCUUUUUAACAAUGCUUCAGCCAGUGCAAUUAUUUUUUAGUGUGCAUGAUCUGUCACAGGAACCUUUUAAUAAGAAAUUUUGUUUCCCCCAAGAUAUCAUAUGGAUUGUUAUGAUUACAGUAGAAAAAAAGACUGAUACCAAAAUCUAUGAAAUGUGGUUUGUCAUUUUGUUGAGGAAUGAAU